GGGGCAGGACGGGCAUCGCCGCCGCCGCCGCCCCGGGCGCCGCCUGUGGCCGCGGCGCCACAGAGGGCGGCGCCGCGGCCGGGGCUGCUGCUGCUGGGGAGAGGGCUUGGCGCGGCGGCGGGCGCGCCGCUGCUGGUGUUGCAGCAGCUGCUGCUGUGCUCGGCGCGCCAGGCGCAGGCGGGGCCGCGGCUGCCUGGCCUGCCGCAGGUGCUGCUGAGGGGACUGAUGUUGCUCCCUUCAGCGACAGACGUGACUUAA